AGGAAACUCAGAACUGGUUUUCUCUAAUCGUCUUAGGUAUUCUUUCGAAAAUCUUUACACCAUUCUUACAUCAUCGAGUGUUUAUUCCAUCUUCCUUCGACUGCUAGAGACCGCUGAAAGUCAAAGGGUCACGAGAAAACUUUUGUGUUGUGAUAACAGUCUGUGUGAUAAUCAUAUUUUUAGAUGGAAUUUGUUAUUGGCGGCGCUGCAGCAUGUUGUGCUGGUAUUUUUACUAAUCCUUUAGAAGUGGUGAAGACUCGUUUACAACUUCAAGGCGAACUGCAAAGUAGAGGAGUUUAUACAGUACAUUAUAAGAAUGCAUUUCAUGCGUUUUAUGUUAUUGCUAAAGCAGAUGGAAUCUUAGCAUUGCAAAACGGCCUUGUUCCUGCACUGUGGUACCAAUUGUUUAUGAAUGGGGUUCGCUUAGGAACAUUUGAUUACAUUCAAAAAAGUGGCUUUAUUCAUUCUGGCGGAGAAGUUAGCUUUCCUAGGAGUAUUAUUGCUGGAGCUGCUGCAGGAUGUAUUGGCGCAUUAAUUGGAAGUCCUUUUUACAUGGUUAAAACACAAAUUCAAGCCCAGUCUUCGUCCAAUAUUGCUGUGGGGUUUCAACAUAAGCAUCAAGGCAUGAGCAAAGCAUUUAGAUCUGUUCUUAAGCAUCAUGGCCCUCUUGCUUUAUGGCGUGGAGCUAGUGCAGCAAUGGCAAGAGUUACAUGUGGUUCUUCAGCACAGUUGGCUACUUUUUCAAAAACAAAGGAUUUUAUAGAUAACUUUCAUGUCUCUGUGAGCAUUUCCUUUUCUGUGGGUGGUUCAUGUGCCUUAGAAUUGAAUUAUUUAUAA